AUGUUGCGGGUUCUGUUGGUGACGGGUCUGCUGGCUCUGAACGGCUCUGCGUCUGCGCUGCCGAACAACGAAACAUUUAUUCGCUCAUUUUCGGGAUUUUUCCUCACCGUCACUGAUGAGCCGUUUGAUUAUCUGGACGUGCAGGAGGGGGGAAGCGGCUUUAGUUCGGGUCAAGAACCAACACUCAGGAAAGAGCACCUCCACCCCCCGGCUAAAAAGACUUAUCACAUCUCUCAAGAGGCCUCGAGCUUCCUCACAGGCCGCGUGGCGACCGCUGUCAUCCCGACUAUAUACAUAAUAGUGUUCAUCAUCAGCGCGCCUCUCAACCUGCUGGCGCUGGUCAUGUUCGCGCGCAAAGUCAGACCCAAGAAACCGGCGGCGAUUUACAUGAUGAAUCUAGCCUGCGCAGACCUUCUGUUUGUUCUGCUGCUUCCUUUUAGGAUAGCCUACAACUACAACGGAAACAACUGGAUAUACGGAGCCGGGAUGUGCCGUGUUGUCACUGCUGCUUUUUACUGCAACAUGUACUGUUCUGUGCUGCUGAUUAUGUGCAUUAGUGUGGAUCGCUUUCUGGCUGUCGUCUACCCGAUGGACUCGCUCACUUGGCGAAGUCCCCAAACCGCGACUGUCACCUGCGCCGCCAUGUGGCUUCUGUCUGUUGGCGGAGUGACACCUUUGCUCAUUUCCAAUCAGACCAUUCACCUACCUGACCUGGGCAUAACCACCUGCCACGACGUCCUUGACAUCCAGCUUCUCCGCGAGUAUUACCUGUACUUCUUUCCAAUCUUCUGUUCGCUUUUCUUCUUCAUCCCGCUCAUUUUUAGCACCGUCUGCUACCUGCGCAUCAUCCAAGCCUUGUGCGCGGCAAACGUGGAAAACCGCGCGAAGAAAACGCGGGCUGUUAUUAUGGCCGUAACAGUUUUUGCAGUUUUUGUCAUAUGCUUUACACCAACAAACAUCAUCUUACUGUCACAUUAUGUGAGGUUUGCUUACAAGCACAAUGACGCGUCCUAUGCCGCUUACCUGGUCUCCAUGUGUAUGGGGAGCAUCAGCUGCUGUCUGGACCCCCUCAUCUAUUAUUUUGGUUCUUCUCAGUGCCAAAAACAAGUUCUUGCUUUUCUCAGAUGUCAGGGGGUCCCUGGUAUUGAAAGGAGCGCACAGUUCACCUCCAGCACAAGGUCAAGUAAUCUGGAGACUUUGAAAAGCAGUGUGAACAGCCAGUACAUAAAGCUGAUGGCAUGA